AUGUCACUUCUGCCUGAGCCAAUGACAAGACACUUGCUGAACUAUGUACUGAAGGAAUUUCCGGUAAGGGAUUGUGAAAGAUUGCGCAAAGUUUCAACAUUGUGGAACAGUAUUCUUCGUAAGGGACCACUCGGUCAGUUUCACAUCUCAACGUUGAUAAUCACCGAGGAAGCAGCUCAAUUCAGUGCUUUUGAACAGUGUGAUCGUUCCCUUUCGUUCGCGUUGAAAUAUACUCAUGAAGUUGAUGAGCAGUGCAGCGAUCGUCUGCCACAUGAGUCAUUGAUUUCAUUCAUCGACCAUAUAACGAAAAUCGACAAGCUCCAACUCAACUUCGAAAAUGCUCAUCAUUUAGGCGCACCAACGCGUUUCCUAAAAUACCGGGCAGCCUUAUGGAGCGUUGAUGAUGUGUUUGUGUGCUUAGGUGAUAAACUUGACGAAGUGCGAUCAGAUGAUGUGGAAAAUUGUUUCGAUGAAAUCUGUGAAUUAGCCGUUUUUAUCAACGAGAGGGCAUCUGAUCUGUUGCUCACCUUGCCAUUCACAAUGCUUCGCGAUGACUUCGUACAGUUGGUACGACAGUGUUACGGCAGAAGCAUCACAGCGCAAUUUCAUGUUUUCAAGUGCAGCGAUGUUAGCAGUCUUGUUUGCGAUAUCGACAAGUGGCUACCAAUGUGCAUUUUGGAUGCGUUACGAAAAUUUCGUGUGAUUAGGUUGCUUAUCGACUGUGAUUUGUGCAGAGUGGAAAGCAUUGAGCAGUUAGACAAGUUGGCAGCAAUAUACGGGAAACGAAUUGAUGAAGUAUAUGGUCGGAUGACUCUACCGAACAGCACACUUUCGUUGCUUUUGCAUGGAUCCGAGAAAUUUUGCGGUCGUUAUGCGAGCACGUCGUUAAAUUACAGAAGUGGUAUUGGAAGACGUUUGAAUAUCGACGUGAAAUGCACUCACUCAUUUUUUUGA